CCAUUUUCUAAAACCACCUUCCCUCUCACACACGCACGCUUCACCCGUGUUUCUUCUCUCUGUCUCUCUCCUCAACACACAAACCAACCUCCUUCCUUUUCAUUUAUUUGCUUCUCCUUUCAUUUUUUAAUUUUUCUUUCAAUUUUUUGCCAUGGCAACCCAAAUUUUGCGGCCUCAAGACUGUCUGGUGGAACGAAUAACCGCUCCGCCACCGGACUUUUCCCACCGGAGGAGUUCCGCUAAUCGCUGUAAUUAUUAUUACUACAACAACCAUGUCGCUGCUUCCAGGUCUUCCCGGAAGCCGUUUACCCGACCCGACCAGAGGAAACGGCCUGCUCUCGGUUCUGCCCUACUAGUGGUUGUGGACUCCACCGCCGCCGCGUACAGGAGAUCUAGCGGUGACGAUUCGCGGUUGGCCAGGAGCCACGGCUUGGAGAAGGUUACGAUUCUCCGCAGGGGCCAGUCGCUUGAUUCGGCGGUGAAGUGCGACGUAUACGCCGGAUCGGCGUUCGCGAUGUCUCCGUCACCGAACGCGCUUCCUCUGCCUUCGUUUCCGACGAAGAAGAACUCCUCGGCGGCGUUUGAUGACUCCGCCACGCGAGAUCUGAGGCGUCUGCUCCGUCUCGAAUGAAAAAUAUUCGGGUUCCAGUUCCGGGUUUUCGAAUCGGGUUGGAUCCGACAAAAUAUUCAUGUUCCUCCUCCUCUCUCGUCUCUCCUCUUUUCAUCACCUAGAAUCUUCUCUCCCUUACCGCUACCGUUACGCAUCUCCCGUUUUAGUUCUGUCCUGACUGUGAUUUUUUUAAACGGAUGGAUGGAUCUGAAGUUGGGGGUGAAAUGGUUAAAAAGUUUGGAGUAGUUGAAGGAGUCCCGAAACUGUGAUUGAAGUUGUAGCAUACUUUGGGUUGUUUAUUAGAACAUUAAAAUAUGUAAACAUGUAACACUAAUGUCAGUCUUAGAGGGAAAUUAGAAACGAAGAAGUGGAAACGGUAAGAAGGUAGUUGUGUAAAAUCCAGUAAGGGUUAGGGAUCUGCUUUAUGUUGGAUUCGGUCUAUGAUCAGUGUGAAGUGAUUAGUUUAUGAUUCUGUGAAAUACAGUGAAUAGUAACGAAUUGAACGACUGA